GCAAAAGUGCAACAAAUGUAAAUAUUUUUAAAACGGCAACCGUGACAGCAACCAAAAAUCGUCAAGUUUUUGUUGUCUUGGUGGAUUUUUCCUGUUUUUAUAAUAUUUUAAAUGUGUAGUGGCAAGCAAAUGUCGAUGGGGAGCAGCUUUGUAAGAUAAUCCGUGAAAAUAAAUGUAGAACAAUAAACGUUCCACGAAUUUAAAGAGCCACCCGACAAAAACAAAGAGCUUUGUGAAAUAUUAUAUAGAAAAAAAUUACUGAUCUAUGAGAUUCUACAUACAACGUACCCAGUAAUUAUUUCUACUUAUUUCCACACAAUAUAUUCAAGGACUAGCGGUUUAUUUUUAAAAUGUCAGCAACAGGAAGUAUUGCCAGCCCUAGCAAGGACUCUGGAAGUACCAGUUUUGUAGGAAGUGACAAUAAUUUGACUAGAGACUUUAGCAAGCUAUCAUUAUUUUCAUCUGGUUCAACAAAUUCCUCGCAAGAUGAGCACUUUCGUUGUGAAGGACAUGCAGAACAUAGCCUUUCAUGUAUGAAAAACUACUUACAAGCAGGAAAACUUUGUGAUAUCACACUCAUUGCUGGACAAAAUGGGAAAAGGGUGCAGGCACACAGGUUGGUGUUGUCUGCAGCAAGUGAGUACUUUUCAACAAUGUUCACUGGUGCUUUGAGCAAUGAAGAAACUGAAAUAACUCUGGGUGAUGUAAAUGGUGAUGUGCUACAGGCAGUUGUGAACUAUUGCUAUACUGGUACAAUUGAAAUCAGAGAGGAUAAUGUAGAGAUACUGCUAUCAACAGCCUGUCUCAUGCUUUUGCAUGAGGUAGUUGAGGCAUGCUCAAGAUUUUUAGCUCAUCAGUUGCACCCUAGCAACUGUUUAGGAAUUGCAGUAUUUGCUGAACAUCAGGCUUGUACAAAAUUACUUCAGGAGGCUAAUGCUUACACUAGUCAGCAUUUCUUGCAAGUGAUUAAAAACCAGGAAUUUCUGCAAUUGAAAGUCAGCCAACUGAGCAAUCUCUUGAUAAGUGAUGAUUUAAAUGUGACCAGUGAAGAGCAAGUAUUUCUUGCUCUAAUGAGUUGGAUUCAACAUGACUCAGCUAGAAGAAAGAAGUAUAUUGGCCACCUGUUGGGCUUUGUUAAACUUCCACUGCUUUCUCCUUCUUUUCUAGCUGAUUUUAUUGAACCUGUCAUUGAGGGCGAUCCAGUGUGUCAGAAAUUGGUACUGGAUGCUACCAAAUGGCACCUGUUACCUGAACGUAGAGUCCGCAUGGCCUCUGCGCGUACUAGGCCACGGAAGGCUACUUUGGGCCGUCUUUUAGUAGUCGGGGGUAUGGACAAAUUUAAGGGGGCCACGACCAUCGAAAGCUAUGAUCCUCGGACCGAUUCAUGGUCAGUGGCGCAUACGAUGGAAGGAAGAAGGUUGCAGUUUGGGAUUGCUUUAAUGAAAGACAAGUUACUUGUAGUUGGAGGUAGGGACGGUUUGAAAACUCUGAACACAAUGGAAUGUUUAGAUUUGGAAACAAAUACAUGGUCGCAGUUGGCUCCAAUGAAUACUCACAGGCAUGGUUUAGGUGUUGCAGUAUUAGGCGGUACUCUAUAUGCUGUUGGUGGACAUGAUGGUUGGAGCUACCUUAACACAGUUGAGAGGUGGGACCCUGAGACCCGUACUUGGCACUAUGUGGCUCCAAUGCAUAAUCAACGUUGUUCUGCUGGCGUUGUAGUACUUGAUAAUAAACUGUACGCUGUAGGUGGCAGAGAUGGUGCUUCGUGUCUUAGAACUGUGGAAAGGUAUGAUCCCCAUGCGAAUAGGUGGGUUCAAGUUCCCCCAUUAACAAGAAGGCGUGGUGGAGUAGGCGUUGCUGUAGCUUAUGGCUACUUAUACGCUAUUGGUGGACAAGAUGCUCCUGCCAAUAAUCCCGCUGCUUCCCGGUUUGAUUGUGUGGAAAGAUACGAUCCUAGCAUCGAUUCGUGGACCACCGUAGCAUCGUUAUCCAGCAAACGUGACGCCGUAGCAGCGUGCGUUUUUGGAGACGAGCUGUACGCGGUAGGCGGUUACGAUGGCAGUCACUAUCUGGCAACAGUCGAAAGCUACGACCCAACAACCAAUGAAUGGUACGACGUGGCUCCGCUUUUGACGGGUAGAGCGGGCGCUUGCGUCGCUGCUGUUGGCAACGUCGCGUUGAGAUUAGGAGAGUGAACGUGGGCAGGAGGCUAAGCCUGUGUGUGGGGGUGUCAGAUUUAUUAUACGUAAUCGGUAAGACGUAAGACUAUCUAUCUAUAAGAUGCCUACAAAAGAAAAUGGUAAAUGACUCCCCCUAAAUGCCUGAAAUAAAAUUGCAUCUUAUAGAAAAUGACAUCCCCGUAGCACUUUUGUAAGGCGUGUGUGUGAUAUCGACGUACCAGGGGUAUAUUAUUUACGUAGGUGUAUCAGUUUCCGCUAGCUCUGUAACUUACCAAUGACAGCUCGAGGCUACUACUUAUUAAAACACAAUUUUAAUACUUUGAAUUAUUUAACGUCAAAGUCAAAGCCUCCUUAGAUGAAAAAAUGCGUUACUUAUUAAUAUUUUCUGACAAAUAAAUCCUAGCCUACUGAGAAAAAAUGUAAUAACAUUACGUCUGAUGAUAUUUCGAUGAUACUCCAACCUUUUAUGCACUUGUGAGACACCACUAGGCUGAAAUUUUUACACUCUUUACAAAAAUCGAAAAAUUAAAUAUGGCGGCCAUAAGAAAAAUGAAAGUUGAUGCAGGUUGCGGCAAAACAAAAGACGAUUGAGACAUGUCAUACACGCUAUCUUAUUUGCCUUAAAAAAAUGUCCGAAUAAUGUCACAUUUUGAGAGCUGUCAAAUUAACCGUUUCAGAUUUACUGACAAAAAACAAAAUGCGACAUUUUCGGUUGUUGGCCGAUAUUUCCAAAACCAUUUGACCGAUCGUAAAUCUGAAGGCAGGCCCAGGGUAGUAACAUCCUUGCUAAGUUGCAGAGCCAGUAAAGCAAAGGUCGUUUCAAAUACUAUAGGUAUUGGUCAAAGUCAAAUAAAAAACGUUUCCAUGUAUUUUAUACAUUGAUAAAGAUCGUAAAUACAGCCAAAACGCUAGUAAAGUUUUUGCUUUGAAUAAUAUAAUUCGAAUUAUUUACCAUAUUAAGUUGAAUGAGUAUAUUCAUUCUUAUUUGUUGUUUAUUUCAAAAACUUCCGUUUGAUCACCCAUAACCUCUUAUCAGUUGCACAUUAACAUCUAUCCAUAUUUCUUCCGCCAUCAAGUGUAAUGAAAAUAUAUUCGAUUUUAAACUGCACGCACGCUGAGACGAAGCGAAGUUGAUUGCGGGGACGGUGGCAGUGCGCGGGUUCUUGUUUAAUUUAUCUAAAAAAACCUAGUGGAAGUUCGUCGCUUUUCUCUUCAUUUUUCCCUCCCCUCACUGCGCGUGCACCUUCAAUUCAGUAUACCCAUAAAAUCUCGAUAUUUUUUUAGUUUUAUUUGAAAAAUAUAACUUAUAAUAUUUGAAAAUAUUGGCCACUACUAUCUAAAUAAAUGAAAAUCAUGAAAUUGUACAUAGCUGUUUUAUGGACUAUGCUCAUAACUUGAGUACGAUUUUCAUACUAGAUAUUUUACAGAAUGCUUUAGAGAAGCGUAUUGAUGUUUUUGGGUUUACAUAUAUGUUUACAAUGAUAUGUAAAUCUAUCAUUGUAUCCACCUAUAUACACUUUUAUUAUAUUUUACUGCAUGAUUUUCUCCAGAUAUAUUAUUUAGUUUAAUGGUAAAGAAAAACCAAAGAGAAAGUAUACCCUACCUACAGCAAUCAAGAUUGCUGUCAAUAACAUCCAAUUUUGUUGUUCGGUGCAUUACUGAAAUCACUACUAAACGCGUCCUAAUUUUUUUUUUUAUAUACUCCAACUACCACGAAGGCCUAAGGUCUAAGCACCCAUUGGGUACCGUGGGGCUAUAGGGGGAUACAUGGGAAAGGGGGGACGCCACACGGACUCUGGCGAGGGAACACGUGUGCAUGCAACAUGCACACAUUCUGGCUCCGCCUACGAGAACCGCCGGGUGGUACCUCCGCGUUCGACAGUCAGAGACCAUCUACCACCUACGGACAAUCACAACAUCCAUAGCCAAGAGAAAAAUUUCUCCUGGGACGGGACUCGAACCAGUACAGCGCACGGCGACUGAUCAGGAGACCGAAGGUCUACUACUGCGGCCACCGCUGCUGUCUAAAACAAACACACAACAUCCAUGGCGAAGGCGAGAUUCGAACUCGCGGCCCGGCCGGCCGGCUGAUCAGUAGCACGACACUCUGACCCACGCGGCCAACCGAGGUCCCAAUAUAAUAAACUCUUUCCAAAUUUUGGGAUAUUUUGGUACCUUUGUUGGAAUAUGGAUCAAUGAUCUGGACUCCAUAUUAUAUGCAUUGUCUAGCCGUUGGUAGAGUGCAGAAUAUAGUUAUUAGUUUUCUCUUUACAAGCUUCAUAUAAGAAUUACUGAUGACCAUAUACGUACUCGUAUAUGAUGAUGCACUGAAUAUAUUGAACUUGAAGAGUUUACGUCAAAGGGGUAUUAACAUUUUUGUUUAUGUUUAAACUUUUAAAUGGCCAGAUGCUGUCCUGAGCUCCUUAACAAAAUCUCAUUUAGUGUUUCAUUACUUGAUUUGAGAGUGAACUUUACCCCAUCCUAACACGAAUUAAGCCUGUUGAGAGGAGACUGAAUAUUAGAGAAUUAGUUUGAUUUUUUAUUUGUUGUUCACUAAAAUUAUACUUAUGUUUUUUGUCGAUUAGGUAUUAUUAUAAUGGGUGAUUCAUUUAUAGGUACUUUUUCCAGCAACAAAAUAAAAUAACAAAAUUCUUUUUUCUUGUCAAAUCUUUUUUUAUUAAAGAAAAGAACUAUUUUUGACAUUUAUUUUUCAAAUAUAAUUUCUUUCAAAUGUUGGCCCUGACUGCGGUUGAGAUGGUCCAUUCUAAAGUUCCAAUUUUCGAUGACACGUUGGAGCAUUUCGACUGGAAUUUGGCGAAUGACCUGCGUAAUGUUGGCUUCUAAUUCCUCAAUCGUAUUGGGCUUAUCAAUGUAGACUUUGGACUUAACGUAGCCCCAAAGGAAAAAGUCUAGAGGUGUGAUAUCACAUGAUCUAGGUGGCCAAUUCACUGGUCCAAAUCGUGAAAAUAAGUGUUCAUCGAAAUGUUUUCGCAAUAAAGCCAUGGUUUGCACGGGCUGUGUGCCAAGUGGCGCCGUCUUGUUGGAACCAAAUGUCAUCGAGAUUACGGGCUUCAAUUUCAGGCAGCAAAUAAUCCGUUAUCAUGGCGCGAGAAUUCCACCGACCCAUAAACCACACCAAACCGUUGUUUUCAAUUGAUGUAAUGGCAGCUCUUGAACCACUUCGGGUUGUUUUUCACCCCAAAUACGACAGUUUUGUUUAUUAACGUAGCCAUUAAGCGAAAAAAGAGCCCAAAGACUGAAACGAUGACGCUUUGGAAGGUCGGCCGGCUUCAAUUCUUGAACGAGUUGAAUUUUGUAUGGUUUCAAAUUAAGAUUCUUACGUAAAAUACGCCAAGUUGUUGAAUACGACAAGCCAAGCUGUUGAGAACGGCGCCGAAUAGAUUCUUCACGGUCCUCACGUAUACUCUCAGCUAUAUUUUCUUCACUGCGUGCUGGAUGUGGUCUAUUUGGUCGGGGUAUUUAUCCAAUAAUGAAAAUUGGGUUUCAAAUUUUUCGACCGUACGCCGAAUUGUGCGUUCGGUGGGCCGAUUAUGUACACCAUAAGUUGCUCUAAGUGCACGAAACACACUUCUCGCAGAACGUUUAUUUUCGUAGUACAGCUGAAUUAUUUGUAGACGCUGUGCUGGACUAAGUCUUUCCAUGAUGAAAUGUCGAUCACUACUGAAACAGAAAAUGUCAAAUUAGUUGUCAUGACGCAUGCGCCAUAAGCAAUUACAGCCACACCAAAAAAGUACCUACUGAAUGAAUCACCCGUUACUUUAAUUUUAUAUCAUGAUUCCAUAUAAUAUCAAUAAAGUGUUUGACACCUUUUGAGAUUGGUCUGAUCGAUACACUUGCAUAAGUAUUUUCCAAUGUGCAACUAUGUGCAUAUUGAAUUGAAGAUAAUUAUAUUUUUUGGACUGCAAAUGGAUGAUAAAUACCUGGUGAUUCAUAAGUCGUGACCAAAAAAGAAACAGCAUACACACGACCGCAUUUUAAGGGGUUCUUCUAUGUAAGAUUUUUCCUCAGGGGCUCCAUUAAAAAGAUGAAGUUGAAGUUCAAAAAUAAAAAGAAUGCACUCCAGAAAAAAACACAAGCGUACUAUUUUUAUUUGGAAAAAUAAUGCCACUAAUCCCCUAUAUCUCCGCCACUGGUGCACGUUAAUUUUAAGUAAAUACUUGAAUGUGGACAAGUCUUACGAAAAUUUACAUACAAAAAUUUUAGUUCAUUCCAGUUAACGGUUGUGAAGAUAUUCAAAAAAAGGUUUUUUAAUUUUUAAACUUCAAUCCCCGUAUCUUUUUAUGAAACCCUCCAGGAAAAAAUGUCACAUAGAAGACCACCCUUAAGAUGCUAUCAUGUGUAUGAGGUUUCAUUUUUGGUCACGACUUGUGAAUCACUCCAUAUACCGGUGAAAUGGGGUCAAUAGAAACAGUUUCGGACCUUUCCUACUCUGUUGCUAACAUGGUAGUCACCUUUUUGACAACAAAAAAUAAGGAAUCUACAGGUCUCGACUUGUAGAUCAAAAAGCGCAUAAUAGAUUUUUUUUUAAAUAGGGGGUUUUCCAAAUAAAAAAUAAAAACGCUCUUUUUCUAUUCACCCUUAAUGUGGGGUGAAUAGAAACACCCAUUUAAAUUGGUCAAAUUUGCUGUUCUACCCACACGAAGGCGAAUAGAAAAACCUGAAAAAAAUUUUAAAUUGAUAAAAAAAUAUAAAUACACAAAAAAAAACUGACAAAAACACCAAUUUUACAAAAAAAAACAUUUAUUUCUAUAGAAAUGUAACAAGUUUAAACAUAUUAUUUAAAUUAAACAACUUUGAUGCAAUUAAAUUUUAAAAUGUCUCUUCUUGACGUAGAUGCUUCUAUCUCGUCAUGAACUGGGAAAACCUCUCCAACAACCUGGCUAAAAUGAAAGGUGGAAACAUCCGGAACUUCUGGAAAUCCAUAAAUAUAUCCUGACGAGUGUUUGGUGGGGCGACUUCUUAAGAAAGUGGCUUCAAUGUCAUUUUCUGUAAUAUUAAUGACUUGUCCGAUAAAAUAUUUAUUUCUUUGUCUAUUUCGAUAUUUUGUUGGAAAACACACCAGAAGCCAAGUUCCUUUAUCUAUUAAAUCAAGCGAAAUAGGAGAAACACAUCGAAACAAUUUACCCUCAAAGCAGACUGAUGCUGAUGAAUUAUUUGUAUCCAACUUAUUCUCGGACUUAUCGGUGAAACUUGGUAGUGAAGUGUCCAUUUCUGAGUCUGCAUCUGAAGAAUGAUCUUGAUCUUUUUCCAUGUCAGAGUCUUCACUUGAAGAAUGAUCUUGAGCUUUUGCCAUUAUUGGCAUGAAAUUAAUAAGGGGCAAAUUCAUUUCCGGGUCUGAAUCUUCAUCUAAGGUUUCCAUACUUCUUUCCAAAUCAGUAUCCUCUUGAUCGUCUUUAUCCAACGUGCUUUCAAAAUCUGCACUUGUAACGCUUUUGCCAGCAGGAACUUGAAUUUUACGACGUCGACUCUUCACAUUUUGACCAUCGCCAUAUCUCAUUGUUCUUAGAAGGUUUACCAAAGAGUUAUUAAGUCCUUCUUCAAUGUUCUGAUUCUCAUCAUUUGUCUCGUCAAGAUUUUGCUGCGGAAGGCGUCCCAAGACUUGAUCCCUAUUUAGUGGAAAAAUUCCACACUUUCUAAAGCCAGAUUGUAUAUUUUUUCCAGCAUUAGGCUCAAUAGCCUUUGACAAGUCAUUUAGCAAGAAAGGGAAUCUGUCCUUUGGAACCGUGCAAUGCUUUGAACCAGCCCCCAUUUUCCAUUUUUCAAGGAUCUGUCGCCAGGCUGUUUUAAGAGGCCGGAAAAAUGCCACGUCCAGAGGCUGGGUCAGAUGAGUAGAGUUAGUCGGGAGGAAUAUAAAUGAAAUAUUAUUUUCUUCGCAAAGAGAUACCGUACUUGCAGAAAAAUGUGAACUCAGAUUAUCGCCAAUUAAGUACUUCUUUCCCGGUAGAUUUUUUACUGCAGGUAUGACAGUGCUCUCUACCCAAUCUGAGAAGGAAAUCGCAUCAAACCAACCUGAUGGACUUCUAUUAAAUCUGACGUCCUUUGGUCCUCCAACUGUCCAAGAUGUAUACAAAUUUUUAGCUUUGUAAACCACGUAUGGUGGGAAAAAUUUUCCAUCAGCUGAAGCAGCGUACAUAAUAGAAACGGCUGACUUCGACGUAUUGCAAAUACGUUCUGGAUAGCGACAGCCCCUUUUCGAGAUUACUUUCUUUCUACCCGGAUCGUCAGUUAAAUUUGUUUCGUCGUAAUUUACUACGUUUGAUGGCGGUACAUUUUUCAACUCCGUGGCUAAAUUGUCAAAAUAAGCAUUGAUAGUAUUGGGAGAAACAGCAGCUCUUGAGAGCUUGAUGUUUUGGCAGAUUCUAGAUCUUAAUUCAUUUUUGUGACGUUUUAAAAAAGAAUAGACAAAGUCUCUGCCAGGGAUAUUAUCUUUAAAUCUCGUUAUUGUUUUACCUCUACUGUCUAGGUAAUUUUUUAUCAUCAUCCUGACGUCCAAAUGGUCAAGUGGAUACCCCCAAUCGGAACAAACUAUUAGUUGAUGGACUAAAAUAUCUUCUUCUUGUUUGGUUAGGGCUGUUUGUCCUCCAUGAAGCUUCAGAUUUCGGUUUUUGUGGUGCCGAUAAAGCACAGAAUAAUGAAUGUUGUAUGUUUCGUGAGCCACUCUAUAACUCAUCCCGUUGUCAAUUGAAGCAAGGGCUAUUUUUAGAGUUUUUUCAUCAAUUUUCUUAUAUGUUUUACCUCGAUGGUCUGGUUUAUAAACGCGAGGCAUUUUCCUGCAAAAGAAAAAACAGUUAUGGGGUGGAUAGAAACAGCGGGUGAAUAGAAACAGCGUGUUUCUAUUCACCCCAAAAUUACUUAAAAGUGUGGUUAUGUAUUAUAUUACACCAUAGCAAAAAAAAUAAGCAAGACAAGCAAUUUCUGAAAUAGGCAAUGUGAACCAGACACCUUAAAGCUACUUUAACCAAAAACUCAAUGUCUUACCUUUAGCUAACCACUGUGAAUAAAGUUUUGCUAGUGAUAAAAAAGGCUCAUGUGUUCACUCCGACGGGUGGUUGCUACUGCAAUCAGGGCUGCCAGCAUAAAACAUCUUUGGCCUGUUAAAGCAGUUAUGGCGACAUCUGUUGACCGUUUGAGAACAAAUUUGAAGCGUUGGGAGGUUUAAUUCCAAUGUUGAUUUUUUUUAAAAGAAGUUUCCCGUUUUUGUUGCUAUUCACCCAGCAGUUUCUAUUCACCCCAUUUCACGGUACCCUCCAUGAAUAAAUGUAUGUCUGAACACUCUAAACAAGAGUGAUUGACAAUAAAUUCAUUCAUAGAGAAUUAUCAAAUACCAAAUAACAACACGUAGUUAAACGUCAUUUCGUUCAUUCAAAUUGUGUUCGUCAGUCGAUCUCUCUUUAAUUUUAUUCGUCUUAUCUGUUUUCUCUUGGUAUACCUUCUCUUUGGUAGAACCACACUCAACUGUGAAGUUUGGAAAAUCUUUAAUGAACGGUGCAUUUUUAUUGUUUACAAGUACUUAUAGACUGAUUUGUCUUUCUACUUCAGACUGACGUUGUUUCUCGGACCUGUGAAUAAAUUAUGUAUGCUCUUUAUAUUUGCCUCUGUAUACAAUUUUAUAUUAUAAUCUACAUUUUAAGCCGAUGUUUUUCCUAAAAGGAUGCUGGUCGGUAAAUAAUUUAAUCAAAAUUUAUAUUUGAAAUUUUCUGUGAUGUCUAUUUACUAUCUCUCGUUUGAUGGUAGCACAAUGUACUAAUUAAUCCUUAUAGGAAAAAUACGUAAUGUUAAGGACAUGUGAUAGAAAACAGGGCUAACUGAUGGUAAGGAAAAUCUCGUACUUUUUUUAGAAAUAUAUGUUUCAU